GAGAGGAAGACGCAGAGACCAGAGUUCAAUCAACUUCCAGACGUCAAGGAAGGAAAGCUCCGUAUUUCAAUUGCCCUUCCGAAGGGUUUCACGCAUCUUCCUAUAACUGCCAGACUUUCUACCGAUGUGUGGACGUGGGCGCCAGUAACCAUCUGCUACGAACGGGAAGCGGAGGAAGCAGACCCAAACUCGCAGCUUUUGAAUUCCACUGCGGACAAGACACGGUGUUUGAUCCUGUUUACUCGAUCUGUAACCAUCCUCAGGAGACGACAAGAAUUGAGUGUGGAGGGAACAGAGAUAUUUCGCGAGCGCCCCUGAGAACUCAAAAUGAGAUUAAUAAUGAAGUGGACAAUGUUCGUUCUCCCCAAAGAGGAGCGUUAAGUCCACCAAGUCAUAUUUCAAGCUCAGGAACUGUAUCAUCGAAUACAAAUUUGUGGAGUAUACGUAACGAGCUGAAAUCUUUCGUAAGACAUGAAACGGCAUCAGCAACAUCUUCGGCUCCUUCUACGCCGAUACCGGUAACUGGAAGUCAGAAUUCAGCUGAUGUAGCAUGUACCAAUGACGGCUUCUACUCAACUCCUGGGGACUGCAGGAAGUUCUAUCGAUGUGUUCCUAACGACAAGAAAGGAUACACAAAAUACGACUUUACAUGUGGACAAGGAACGGUAUGGGAUCCGGACAACUACGUAUGCAACUACGAUUGGGCUGUGAGGAGAACCAACUGUGGAAAAAUAGGUGCAGGGGAUGGGGCACAAUCUGGAACCGGUUCAGGACCAGGGAGUGUGUCAGGACAAGGAGGUUCUCUGGGACAAGAAGGUGUGUCAGGACAAGGAGGUUCUCUGGGACAAGAAGGUGUGUCAGGACAAGGAGGUUCUCUGGGACAAGGUGUGUCAGGACAAGGAGGUUUGUCAGGACAAGGAGGUUCUCUGGGACAAGAAGGUGUGUCAGGACAAGGAUGUACCCUGGAAGGUAGUGGCUCGCCAGGACAAGGUAACACAGGAUCAAAAUGUAACGAUACAAACUCUGGACAAAAUGAACCUCCGAAAGAACCACAAAGUGGCCAUGAUGAGCAAGUUUUGAGUGGACAACAACUGACUACGUCACAACGCCCGUCUACAGACGGGUCUUAUAACAACCAGCUUAUAACAACUACAAUUGGAAGCAGCACAGAACAAUCUUCUGAGACUACAGCAGAAAUAGCAACAUCGUCGACACAAAGCACAUCGGGAUGCACAUCAUCAUCUUCCUCUAAAGACAGAUGUUCAAAAGAAGGGUUCUUUCAGGUUAGUGGCAAUUGCAAGAAAUUCUACAGGUGUGUCGAUAAUGGAGACGGUGGUUAUUGGAAGUAUGAUUUUGAAUGUGGCGAAGGUACCGUCUGGGAUCCAGAAAAUAACACUUGCAAUCACUACUGGGCAGUUCAAAGGGCCGAUUGCAGAACAGGAGGUGUUUCUGAGGAGAAUAAAAUUUCUCAAACUUCAACACAAAGCUCAGUGGAAAUACAGAAGUCAACUACUUCGUCUGGAGGAAUAUCUUCAUCCUCCUCCUCUACUAGUACGUCAUCGUCGUCGUCGUCAUCAUCAUCAUCAUCAUCAUCAUCAAGCAUCACUGCUACUACUCAGUCUCAGUUAUCAACCAGUAGCAGCAGUAGCAGUACUACAUCAACAUCUUCUUCUUCAUCGUCUAACUCUUCCUCCUCUUCAUCAACAUCAACAAGCAGUAGCAGUUCCACAUCUGCAAGUAGUAAUUCCGAUAGUAACCAUCAGUCAACCAUAUCGUCUGCAAGUGGAAGUCAGACUUCCACAACAGCUGGCACGCAGUCUUCAUCAAGUGAAAUAAAUCAACUGGCAACAACAAGCGGAACUAAUCAACAAUCAACAACGUCAAGUGUAAGUAAUCAACAAUCUACAUCAAGUGGACUCGAUCAGCAGUCUACAAACGCAAAUGAAGGCAUCCAACAAUCUAGCAAUACUUCUACAUCAGUGUCAGAGAAUACCCAACAAACCUCUGGAACAUCUACAGGCGAACAAGUCUCAGGACAAACAUCUGGUAAUCAGGGUCAAGGAAGUACAAUUUCUGCGACACAGGAAACACCGACUGCUACAACAUCUACUUCGACGUCACCAGCAGGUACAGGCAAUGCCUGUACGUCAGAGGGUUUCUUCCCAACACCUGGAGAUUGCAAAAAGUUUCACCGAUGUGUUGACAAUGGAAAGGGUGCCUUUACAAAAUAUGACUUUAUUUGCGGCGAAGGUACUCUCUGGGAUCCAACCAAUAAUGUAUGUGAUCAUGAAUGGGCCGUCCAAAGAAAUUGCAACGCUGAAGGUAAGCCUGGGGGUGUCGACCAAGGAUCUGCAGGACAAAUAAAUCCUUCUGGGGGGAGCGAAAAUAAUUCGUCUACGGUGACAACUCCCGAUCAAGGAGAUGUAAAGCCUUCGGGGGAAGGAAAUAAAAACAAUUCAAGUUUCUCAGUAGGAGAGCCAGGGCUAUCGACUCCAGAAAGUGCUGCAACUGCUGAUGGUCAAGGAAUAACUGGCAAACCAGAAAACGCGCAAAGCAGUUCUACAGCUACGGACAUUGGACAACAAGGUUCUACAAACCAAGAAAGUUCACCAACGACUGAAGGCGUACAGAGUGGUUCCACGAACACUAGCAAUGGACACGGAGGCUCAACACCAACAAAUGUUCAGGGUAAUUUAACAACUUCUGGAGAAGUGCAGGAGAGUUCUACGUCAUCUGCAGUAUCCACAUCUCCUGAACAUGGGCAGGGAAGUCCCACAGCUCCAAUUAACGGACAAGGAGGCUCCGCAGCUCCAGAUGGUCAGGAAAGUUCAAAUGUAAGUGACAGUCAAAUUUCAUCUGGUACAGCAGCCGCUCCAUGCAACCAGGAAGUAACACAGGAGCCAUCAGCUGUUAACAUUACAUGUCCGAGAGCCGGAUUCUUCCCUCAUCCCAUUUAUUGCAAUUUUUUUUAUCGGUGUGUAGACUGGGGUGGUAGAUACACUUAUUAUAUCUUCCAAUGUGAACCAGGGACUAUCUUUGAUCCUAGUGUAUCCGUGUGUAACUAUCCUGAAGUAGUGUACCCCAGGAAUUGCACUCUGUAUCCUGAGGCAACGAGUGGAAAGCCAAGUUCAACACAGCAAACCACAGAACACACAAAACCCGUGGGCACGACUGCAAGCGAAUCAUCGAGCGGGACAACAGCAACGGAUGUUGAAGUACCUGAAAAGACCUCAAGUACAACUAUUUCGGCUAUAGAAGGUGAACUUACAACAGUAACACCAACUGGUCCACCAGAAACAAUUACAAGCCAAGAAACAUCAAACAACACUACUACAACAGAAGGUCCAACUGGAACCACGAAUGAGGAAACAGUCGGCACUUCAGGCUUUGUUUCAACUAUAACAGAUGCCCCAACAAUCACCACGAAUCAGGAAACAACUGGCACUGGGAUAACAGUAACAGAAGAAGCAACUACAGCUACAAAUGAGGAAACAUCAGGCAAUGUUGGAUCUACCGACUUGACAUCAACCACAGUUGGUCCUACUGAAGGACCAUAUACUCCUCCAGAAACAACCAACCCUACAGAAGGGACCAGUGGCACUUCUGAAACCACGAGUGGGACCGAAUUAACAAAUGGCGGUAUCAAUGAAACUACGACAAUUUCAGAAACUGGAUCGUCUUCAGGAAUUCAUGGAGAGGCAGGAGUAACGACAACCGAAGGCACGUCUACGCCGGGAGGUAGUGGAGGACAAUGUCCAACAGUUGGCACACUAGAUGAGGAGCAAAUUGUUGUGGUGUGUCCUACUGGGUUCAGGAGACAUCCAAAGUAUUGUGACCUCUUCUAUCAAUGCACAGUAUCCGGACAUGAAAUGAAUAUUCUUGUUCUGGCUUGCGUAAAUGGUACAGUGUUCGAUGAAGAGAAGAUACAGUGUCUACCGCCUCAGAAAGCAGCUCCUUGCCAGGGUAUGAUCGCAGGAGGGAGGUCUAACAGGAAUUUUGAUGGAAGAGGUGAAUCCUUGCCGGUACUUGUUAAUACCGGUACUCGUCUGUGCCCUGGACCCGGGUUCUACCCUUACAAGAACGACUGCUCCCACUUCUACAAAUGCAAAAAAGAUUCCAGAGGAAAACUUGAAGGUUAUAUGUACCGGUGUCCUUCUGGAUAUGCAUUCUGGGAAAUUUCACGACGAUGCGAGAAAGUCUUCAAGCUUCCAUCAUGUGCCCGUGGGGUACGCAGAGGAGCAUCAAGCCAGGCGCCGACAGAAAGAAGAAACAUUGGCUCCAGGAAACUGAAGCACUGAGGGAACUCUAUAUCAAAGUGUUGACAAGAACUAUUUUGAAAUGUUAAGGAGGUUAAUAUAGCGUAUCUAUUUUCAAUGGAUUCAUCUUGUUAUGUUAAAUAUAUCGAUUUCUUUAUUAAAAUCUGUCACAACACAGCAAUAAAACUGUUCAUGUUUGACAGUGUUUUGUUACAUGUUUCAGCUUUUUAGAAACUCAUCAUUAGGCAAAUACACAAUUUAUAUAUUCCUAAGCUAAUGAAUUGCAUACAUACAAUUCAGUGCAGUGUUGAAUUUUCGAUAAUAUACCACAAUAUAAUAAUAUAAACAUGAAAUACAAUAAAAGGUAAAGAUUUUAAACGAGAUAAGUUACAUAAUUAAAAUAUAAUUAAGAACUAUACAUAUAAUAUAUCCUAUUAAGAUAGAUUGUUGCAAUCGUAAUGUUAUAUCAUAGUGUUUUUGCGGACAUGUGCCGAUAGUUUUCUUGAUUGUAUACAAGUAUGAAGUGGUUAAAUUGCUUGGAGUUCCGUAGGUAUUCUUGUAGUAGUAUCCGGUUUUGAUAUUAUUUGACGGGUACCUCUAUUUACGUGUAUUAUGUCCGGUCUGAUAGGAAGGUGGAUUGAAUUAUAUAGUAUGCAAUUCAGUAGCUUAAGAACACGUUAAUUGUGUAUCUGCCUCAUGAUAGUUUUCUAAAAAGCCGAAACAUGUAACAAAAUACUGUUUUAUUGUUGUGUUGUGACGCAUUUUAAUAAAGAAAUGUAUAUAUUUACAUUGAUGAUAAGCUGCCCCUAAUGCUCUUAUGGUAAACCAACAAGCGUACAAAGCAAUAUCACUUUAAGUUUAUAAUCCGUUAUUCUACCUAAGGCAUAUACGCGUGUAACUUCCUUCAGGGACUGAUGUUACAUCCAAACGACUAUUAUUAUCAUUUCAUUUUCUUCGAAUGUGGCAUAAAAUUCAGCAUGUUCAAAGGAAGAUCGUAAAUACAUGCUCGAAUUAACUUACUUUCUUCAGGUACAGUCUUUCCUAGGAACCCUGUAAUGGUGUGACGUAAACGAUUUUUUCAGAAAUCGUGUGUUCGGUAACUUCCUUUUAGUAAUGUAUCUUAAUAUAAAUCUGCAAUUCGUCAGGUAAAAGGGUAUGAAAAUAUUAAUUUUUAUCCGCGUAUUUUAUACAAAAAGCUUCUGAACUUAAAGCAGUACCCAUACUUCGCUUAUAGACAUCUUCACAUUAUAUCUGUUUUGAUCUAUGUACUGGGGAUAAAAAGAAUAAUUUUUAUUUCGAAAAACUGAUCGGAAUUAAAAAAAACUGAGGCGUGAUUAUGUUCAUUAACUCAUAACAUUAUUAGAUAAAAAAACUUGUGAAAUACAAAACUGUUAACAUGCGAAAAGAAGACGUUCACAUAGUUUCAAAAAAGGGGGGCAAAAUAUUUUUUGUUCCUAUAUCUCAUGCUGGUGGAAAUGAAUUGAAAUUCAGUUGUCUUAACGCCAAUAUGUCGAUAAAUCUAGUGUAUUUCAUAACCAGUUUUGUAAGUUUGUAACCAACGUUCUAGGUACCAAAGUUUUACAGUAAUGUCGGAAAUCUAUAAACAAAAGGAUUAAAAUUAAUCAAUAUCGAAUAGAUUUACGAUAAUUAUUAAAAACUGUCAAAAUACUUCUUAAUAACUACAAUUCCACCUAUGAAAGGGUAUAAAUCCACAGCAAUAGCUGAGGAUAAUUAUCAUCUGCCCUAUGAUGAUGUGGAUCUACACAUCCACUCCUCCAUACGCCCACAUGGCGCAGUGCUUAACUAGUUAUGCACAGGAACAACUUUUACAUGUUAUAACACAAUUUUCUGCUCUUGGUAUCAAGCUUACAUGACUUUGUCGCUGGAAAUGCUAAGAGGAAAUUUCCAUGUGAAUACAACAUCUAAAAUACUAUUUAAUAGCUAGGGUAUAGUUGGUGUACGGUCUAGUUCAUAACUGCUUGUUCGCUGUAUAUUUCAUAUGCUUGCGUGCACUUCUGAACUUGACUGUACUGCAGGGUUAUAGUCUACACUGCCAUCGAAAAAAAAAUUGUAGCAAUGCAGAAAGAAAAAUAUCUUGUGUAAUAUGAAACAUACUGGGAUCGCUAGGUGAUGGUAUUCGUCAUAUUAGAACGUAAUUUAACAUUAUUUAUUAUGUAAACAAUUUCUAAUUUCUCUGUAAUGUUUCUAGUCCCAACAGACUGGAAA